AAGACCAAUCAAUCAACGGGUACCUUCGCUAGCUAGGUUGUGUGUACAGUGUGGUGUUGCUGAGGCAAGGGAAAAAACGCAGCGGUCACCGGUGACUGGAUCUUGUGGCGUGAGCACUAAUGCUGUCUAGCAAACACGGCGAAUCCCAGUCGCCGGUGUAAAACGCGGUGUGUAAAAUACAUCUUGCAGCCCUCGACCCAUAUUAUAAAAAUAGAUAGGUCGAUAGCGGGAGAAGCGAAACGCAAGGAUGUUGCAAGUGCUGGCUUGCGGCGUCGUAGUUUUUCCCGGACUCUUCUUCGUCUUUCGGAGGGUACUCCCGUCCAUUUUCAAACAGUGGACCGAUGCAGACGUUGUACUGGUCAGCGAGAGGCUCGUGUCCUCCAUCCACGCCAUUAUGGCCACCACGGCGGGAGUCAUCGUCGUGUUGGCGUGCAGAGGUAACAUCAUGACUGACAGGUACUGGCUGGCCACCUACUUUGUCAUCUGGUACGGCGUGCCCUACAUGACGUACGAUAUCUACGCCAUGUACCUCAGCCACUACUACCGCUUCCGGGUCAAGGGUCACGAGGAGUAUACGGAGCACUCGUUGACCACGGUCAACUCGUUUGUCCGCCGUGAGUUCCUGCUGGUGCUCCACCACAUCGCGCUGCUCACCAUCCUGCUGCCCGUCACCCUGUUCUUCAGGAUGGACCAGGGCGAUUACUUCAUCGGCUGCCUGUUCCUCACAGAGCUCAGCACGCCCUUCGUCUCCUUAGGGAAGAUCCUCAUCCAGCUGGGUCUGCAGGACUGCUGGAUCCAUAAGGCCAAUGGGGGCAUGGUGUUGCUCAGCUUCUUCUCGUGUCGAAUCGCCCUCUUUCCCUACAUGUACUGGGUCUACGGCCGUCACUACGGCAUCCCCAUCUACGGCGUGCCCUUCCACCUGACACUGUCGGUCAACCUGGGCAGCCUGUGUAUCCUGGCGCCGCAGGUCUACUGGUUCGUGCUGCUCUGCCGCAAGGGCUGGCGGCUCUACCAGCGCCAGUGUCACUCCACCGCUGCUGCCGGCAGCCAGGACUCCUCCCCCCUGCCCCCACCUAGCCCCCCCUCCCUCACGGACAACCAACCCAAGGGAAACCAUUAG